CUGAAUCUAAAUUAUAUUAUAUCAACACAGGUCUUACAAAGUCGGACUGAAGGCACACAUACCAUUGCUCAAGUUGACUCUCCAUUCCCAUCCCGGAUCCUGCCCGCCAGCAGUGUAUGCCGGGUCCUGCCACAAUCUCAUGAAGCCAUCCGUUCCGCCAGCCCAGAUCUCGUGCGAGCUGCCCUGUGCGGUUGACACGAGAUCGAUUUCCAUUCUUUGAUUGGUAAAUGCCCUCCGUCCCUGGAGCCAUCCUAGAAGUUGCCCAGUCACUCUAAUGUCGUAUACCAAUACACCGUCGCUCUUGCGUUCAGCUAUAUAUAGGUAUCGCCCGCACGGACUCCAGAGGAGUUGAGUAACCCCCCCACCCCCGAUAUGUCGGUCUGCUUCAGUCCUCGAGACAUUGAACGUUCCAAGGGACUGCCCCGAGCCGUUUGAAUCAUAGAGCCCCACAUUUCGCGAGAAUGUGCCGGCUGCGAGGAUACCGCCUUGGUCUGGAUUCAGAGCCAUCGCCGAGAUGAUACCCUUCAUUCCUAUACCACCACCCACCAGCUGCUUGCGCUUACUCGGUAUGGUGGGCAUCCAAGAAACCGGGCCCUCAUUACCAGGACGAGAAACAUCAAAGAGACAUAUCAUGCUAUCCGAGCCGGUGAGGAAAUGUGUGCCACCAAGAGAAGGAGGAUAAAUCAUGGAAUGUGGAGUGAUGAAGGCCUCAGUCAUUGGGUUCACAAGCGAAUGGCAGAAGAAGGCUCCUGAAGUGAAAAGAAAGGGUAGAACGCAGUGGCAUAUGUGGGUUCUCCGGAUGACAAAAUGGAAUAAUGUGAUAAUUUGUGCGGCAAGCUCUCUUCGUCUAGGAGAUCCGGAGGUUCUUAUAUUAUGGUCUGAUGAAUCUGUCAGAAGAGUGGUACCAUCAGGAGACCUGAUGAUCAAUCUUGAUUAGUAUAUUGUUCGUUUCUCUUGACCAAAACCUCAGUUGAACUUACCAUUUGACGCUCUUGAAGUGAGUAAAGUCCGUGGCAGCCGACACAUCUCCCCGCGUAUCAGCGGGCUUUAUACCUCUAUCGAGUCUUCGAACAGAAGAAGCUUGGUCUUGGCAACGAGGCUGUGUGUCCUGACUUCUAGUUGAAGCGAGACAUACCGGCUCAGUUCCCAAUUGUCUGACUUCCGGCAUAUUGAAACAAACCAGACUUCAGAGCGUUACCUCUAACCGAUGACGAGAUAUACCAAGGGUUGAGAGUAUUGGGAACCUCAGAGGGGCAUAAGAAGGAGGGAAAGACCACGUUUAUCUUCCUUGUUUCUACCUCCAUUUCACGCGCCGCACGAUCUUCCUAGCCCUAGCUCAAGGUUGCCAAAGUGAAUGAACUCAGGCAAUCUCGUUCCGGGUCAGCCUCUGAGCCUAAAGGCAGGGGUAUGGAAGCAUCUGCGCUUGUCUUAGAGCUUUUAUUAGUAAUCAAACACCAUCUACUCUCGUCGAACAGCGCUCACUUCAUCCGUAACCCAACACUUGACGUUGCAUCUAAGUAUUUCGUUUAUCGAUAGCGGAAAAAUACUUUUUCCAUUGGCUUUCAUCUUUCGACUAAACAGAAGACUCUCAGUUAACCCCCAACGCAGUCCUUUAUUCCAGAGCUUCUGGAGGUUAGUUGGUCGGAUUGGAAGCCUCAUUUUAUCGAGCGCGCAGAACGCAGAAUCUCACGUCCCCAUUUUGUUACUCUGCAGCCCCCGACAAUCGCCUUGGUCUGUCAAUCCUUUUGGCAGAAUGUUUUCCAAGCCCGCGGCUCCCUCAACGGGGCUCUCUAUCAACACAACAUCUGCAAAUUCUCCAUUCGGCGGCGCCUCUACCCAAGCCACUACGACGUCCACAAGCGCGCCGGGCGCGACGAGCACAACCGGAGGUCUUUUUGGAACGGCGCCUCAAGCUAAACCUACUGGUGGUUUGUUCGGAAACACUGGAACGGGGACUGCUCAGCCUUCCCAGUCGUCAGGAUCGGGCUUGUUCUCAGGACUAGGUGGCCAGCAAGGCAAUACAGGGAGUGGGGGUUUAUUUGGCAACGCCGCCACUGCCACCACCACACAGCAGCAAUCCGGCGGCCUUUUCUCUACGACGAGCGGCACGAGUAAUCCUACGACACAGGCUGGAAAUACGGGGGGUUCUCUUGGGGGACUGGGAGCUAGCUCCACGAGCCAAGCUCAAUCGAAGUCUUUAUUCGGACUAGGGGGCUCUACUACGGGUGGCGGCAUCUUCGGGAAUGCAAAUCAGAGUACGCAGCAACAGCAGCAAGCGCUGAAGCCUACAUUGUCGCUGUUUGGGACUCAGAAUACUACGUCACAACAGCCCGCACAACAAACGACAACGACUGGGACGGGCACAGUGAUUCCUGGUGUCAAGGUUGACAUUACCAACCUUCUGCCAACCACAAAGUAUGAGAGUUGCGCCGAUGAAAUCAAAUCAGAGCUCGAGAGAUUCGAUACUUUUGUGCUCAACCAAAUAAACAUGUGCAAUGAGGUCGCCAACAUGAUACCAUCUGUUGCAGCUCAGGGAGGUACCAUUCCCAAUGAUGUCGAAUAUGUCAAGGGCAAAUUGGAGACAAUGCAACACGCACUAGAGAACGAUGCCAGCGAUAUUGAGCAACUGCGUACCCUGGUGUCUAGAGAUGCAGCGGAGGCCCAGGUUGCCUUCCGUGCUAUCGAUACUCUCAAGCUUCCCCUGCAAUACCAAUCAAACGGCGGUUCCGGAUGGUGGUCCGCGCCAGACCAGAAAGGCUCAGACUUGCAGUCUCUACGAUCAACGCGGAAAAAUACCCUUGCACUUCCGGAUGACGUCGAAGGUGAUACGUCUACGGCAAGCACUAUCAAUGGAGUGCCGGUGAACCUGGUGGACUAUUUCUCUCAACGCUCCGACGAGAUGGGCGUCGUUCUCGAACGCUAUACUCGGAAUCUGAAAGAGAUUGAAGACCACCUUCACGGCGUUGAGUCUACUCUAGAACGGCAGAUCCACGACUUUACCGCCUCGCGAAGCCGCGAUAGUACAGGGGCCGGGGUACCCAAGUCAGCCUUGGGCGAUCUUGCCGCUGUUCUAAGCGAUGUCGAGACCGGUAUUCUGGGCGUCGCCAGCCGUUUGGGCUCAGUCACGGAACAGGUUCAGGAAGUUGUGCUCGGUGCCCCGUCGAGCCUUGAAGGCAGGCGUAAUUUUUGAAUUUUUGCGACUUUCGUUUUGUAUUUUAUGAUGGCAUAUGGACCUUGGAUUGUAAGUCCAGGGACUCGGAGCGGUCAGGCAUCUGUAUCGCGUGCAGUAGCUUUGCUUACGGCGUUACUUUUCGAUAGAGUGAACAAAUCAAUCUACUAUUAGUGGUCCUUGAUUCCGCUCUUUGUUACCCUUGGAAUUCGUCUU